UCCCGAAUCGCGACGCUGCUCACCCUCCCUCAUCGUUGCUCGCCCUUCAUCCCUGGUAAUCGAUUUGGGAACCACGGUGUGUAACAGAAUUAGAGCAACAAAUGGAGUGAUGGUGUUCGUGUGGUGCAUGCAUUGAGCCAUCUGGGAUGUACUCAUCGUGAGGGCCAAAAUUUACAGCUUCACCAUGAAGCAUAAUGAUUCUUGGAAACGCCUUCACAACUAGAAUUAAAAUUGCAAACGUGUCUUCACGGGAGUAAGAAUUUUGGCGAAAGGUGGAAGAACUAGGAAAUCUUGUCAGAAAUUCCCUUUCUGAAAACAUUUCUACAAGUCUAGGGUCUUUAUAGAAAUAGACUCUACUCCUCAGGGUAGAGAUAACGUCUGUGUACAUUCUACCCCCCUGACCGUACUUUGCUUGGGAUUCACUCCGUUUGUUUGGUUUGGCUUGGCUUUGAAAGAACUAGGAAACAUUUCAUCUUCCAUUUACCACCAUAAUUGGUUAAAAUGUUAUGCUAUCUCAAACGAUUAUAGACUAGUAAAGAUGUGGCUACAUUGUAAGAACCCUGUUCAUUGUUUGGAGGCUUUCGGAAAAUACUCAAAAUCAAGAUGGAUCCUUCAAACUUCUGGAUUGUCAGAUACCCCUUUCAAAAAACCGAAGCUUGCACCCUUACAGGAGCGUAGAAUGAUAGAUCGUCACAGGCUGUGGGCUAAAGGAGGAGAUGGUGGCAAUGGUUGCUUCAGCUUCCACCGUAGUCGACAUGACCGCCGUGGUAGACCUGAUGGUGGCAAUGGUGGAAGAGGCGGUGACGUGAUACUAGAAUGUUCCUCAACAGUUUGGGAUUUGAGCAGCCUGCAACAUCAUAUUAACGCAAAGAGAGGUGGGCAUGGAGCUUCAAAAAAUAAGAUAGGAAGCCGAGGAGAUGACAAGGUGGUUCUGGUACCCAUUGGUACUGUUCUUCAUCUAGUUGAGGGUGACCCACCUUCUGUGGUACGAAAGGGCUCGUCUGCAGCUUUAAACCCUUGGGAGAUCGGGGGAACCCUCGAGUUUAAUCAACAUGGCACGGGUCUGCAACCCACCUCCUCCAAAGACGCUACUUCUAACAAGAACAGUGAAAGCUUCACUAAGGACAAGAAAACAUCUAUGAGUAAUUCUUUUCCACAACUUCCACAACCAUCUAAGAAGUCCAAUGUCGAUUUGGAAGGAUUCAACUUCUGGGAAGAAAAAAAGAUGAGUUCGUGGGAAGCUCGAGUGACUGGCACUGGUGUGUCCGAAUCAGAACCCGAGGAUGAAGGUUUAUCAGGUAGGCCGUCAUUAAUUGUAGCGAAUAAAGUCGAUGAGGUCGGGGCUGGGGAAGUAUACGAGGAGUUAAGAAGAAGGGUGGGUGGUGUUAAGAUUUUCCCAGUUUGUGCAGUGUUGGGAGAAGGUGUGCUGGAGUUAAAAGACAGUCUCCGGAUGCUUGUGAACGGAGAGGACUUGAAUCAACUAGCAUUAGACAGCAUUGUUGUCGAUUAGGACGAUCUUUGUGUUUAUGUGACAUUGGUCAUCAAUUUUGUUAUGGUUGGUACGACUUAGGUUUGGGUAUCUUCUGAACACGAAUCGGGUUUUUUUGGUAAACUCUUUUGAUGGUUGAACCGGUAAGAUUUUGGAUUAACUUUUUUGUUAGUCA